AUGCCCAGGCUGAGCAAUAAAGAAAGAAUUACAACUGACUUGAGUUGGUCCAAGUCGAGUGGAAUGCCUGAGGUGGUGGCUGCGGCUAAGGGUAGUGCAUCCUGCAAAGCAGCAAAACAGUCGCUGACUAAAGUCACCAAGAAGCCGCCCAAGAAGCAGAGAAAAUCCGCUUGUGUAUACAGGCGCAUCACUUCCGAGGCUUCGCACUUUGUUCACUACAACAAGCGCCACACCAUCUCGGCCAAGGAGAUCCAGAGUGCCGUCUGCCUCAUACUGCCAGAGGAACUGGCCAAACACGCUGUCUCCGAAGGCACCAAAGUGGUCACCAAAUAA